GGACGCGCAUGCGCAUUCCUGUCCUCCCGGGCUGUGUAUAGUUUUACAGUUUAGCGGGGAAUCUGAAGUAGCCGUAGAGAAGCUUGCUCUGUGUAUGGAGUCUUCCCGGGCCCAAAAUGUCGGCUAAUUCGAGUCUGAACCAACUGAAGAAAAAGUACAGGAACAGAUACUAUGGAUAUCGAGGUCGAGAUGUUAGUGCACUGGAACCUGGAGAUAAUGCCAUGUCAUUUCUACAACAGUAUUUUCAUAUCUCAGAUAGGGAAGAAGAUGAUGAAGAAUUCACUGCUACUGGACGUUCUGGUCAUUUCGUAAUGCAACAAAGCGGAAAGAAGAAAUCCCAGAGUUCUGCAUCAAAGUCUUGUGGAAAUGACCCACAUCAACAUUUUCAAGAUAGGGAAGAAGAUGAUGAAGAAUUCACUGCUACUGGACGUUCUGGUCAUUUCGUAAUGCAACAAAGCGGAAAGAAGAAAUCCCAGAGUUCUGCAUCAAAGUCUUGUGGAAAUGACCCACAUCAACAUUUUCAAGAUAGGGAAGAAGAUGAUGAAGAAUUCACUGCUACUGGACGUUCUGGUCAUUUCGUAAUGCAACAAAGCGGAAAGAAGAAAGCCCAGACUUCUGCAUUAAAGUCUUGUGGAAAUGACCCACAUCAACAUUUUCAAGAUAGGGAAGAAGAUGAUGAAGAAUUCACUGCUACUGGACGUUCUGGUCAUUUCGUAAUGCAACAAAGCGGAAAGAAGAAAUCCCAGAGUUCUGCAUCAAAGUCUUGUGGAAAUGACCCACAUCAACAUUUUCAAGAUAGGGAAGAAGAUGAUGAUGAAGAAUUCACUGCUACUGGACGUUCUGGUCAUUUCGUAAUGCAACAAAGCGGAAAGAAGAAAGGCCAGAGUUCUGCAUCAAAGUCUUGUGGAAAUGACGCACAUCAACAUUUUCAAGGAGCUGAACAUUCCUUUAAACAAAGUAAUACUCCAGCAGUCCCUCAGAAGAAUGAAAAGCAAUCUGAUAUCUCCUAUAUCGAGUUAUUUUCUGAUGGAGAGUCUGAUAAUGAAAAGACUUAUGAGGUAGCAAAGCUGAUAGAGGAAAGUUUGGCUGACCAUGAUGAUGUAGAGGACGACCAGCUUGUGAACAGUUCUGAAAAGCCAAGAGAAAAAUUAUAUAGUUCUGACUCUUCUGUGGUGCGGGAGCCGCCAAGUCCCACUUCCAAUAUUCAUGCAAAGAAAUGGUUAAGUUUCAAGGAAGCAACAUUUGGCGCAACUCACAGUGUCUUCGCAAAUAUAGUGUCUACUCCAUCAGCAGAGUCCAGGAAAAAUGCUCAGCAGUUAAAACUGCAGGAUGCCAUAAAAUCUAAUGGAGCAGAUAUUACAUAUGAAUUGCAUUCAGAACCCUCUGACGAUGGACUUGUAAUAGAGGAUGAAAGCCGCUAUAAUUUAAAUGCUUGGAUUUCCUCUUCUAAAAAGAAAAAUGCUCCUCAGUCACCCUCCAGAGCAAAGGAAGACAAACCAACUACAACUCCCAAAAAAGCAAUUGAAGCUCCCAGUAGUGUGAGAAAGAAAUCUGAGAAUAUAAAGGAAUCACUGACUAGCAACGUCACCGCUAAAAGACUUGUAAUAGAGGAUGAAAGCCGCUAUAAUUUAAAUGCUUGGAUUUCCUCUUCUAAAAAGAAAAAUGCUCCUCAGUCACCCUCCAGAGCAAAGGAAGACAAACCAACUACAACUCCCAAAAAAGCAAUUGAAGCUCACAGUAGUGCGAAAAAGAAAUCUGAGAAUAUAAAGGAAUCACUGACUAGCAACGUCACCGCUAAAAGAUCAAAUGAGGAAUUUGUGAUAGAGGAUGUAAACAGGCAUAAUUUCAAUGCUUGGAAUUCUCCAUUUAAAAAGCAAAAGUCUUCGCCACCUGCUGGACCAAAGGAAGAUUCUCCAACUCCAACACCAAAAAAAAUUGAAACUCCCAGUAGCUUGCAGAAAAUAUUUGAAACUGUUAAGGCAUCGUUGACCAGUAGCGUCGCAGUUGAAAGGGCGGCAAUCCCAGAAAAGACAAAUGAUGUGAAUGUAAGGAAGACAAGUUUUUCGGAUAUUUUCUUUAGGACUGCUAAACUUGGACAUAUUGGUACAAGAUUAUCAUCAGUGGUCUAUGAAAGUCCGGCUACUUCAACCGCUGUUGGUAAUGAAGAAGAGUUUGAAAUCGAGGACUUAUCAGACACAAAUGAGUCACAUUUUAUUAAGAUUCCUGUGAAGGCAAAAUCUUUGCAACUGGGUCAGGUUGGUAAACUGGAGAAGUCUGGCCCACAGUUGCAAAAAACUGAUAUAGAUGGCAGUGACUCUGAAUCAGAGAUGAUUACUGCUGCUGUACCAAAAGUUAUAGAAAGCCCCAAACAACACGUGGGUUCAUCUCAAGAAGUUGAAAGAAGGGAAAGUAUUCAUCAGGUUUAUAUUUUGCCGAUUGAAAGCCAAGAAGAGCAUCUAGAGAACAGCAGUUCAAAUUCCAUUGAGCAAGUGCAACAACCGCAGCAAAUUAGGCCCAGAACAAAGAGCGAUUGCAGCGCUGUAAAGAUUUUCGGUGAUUUAGAUGAGACAUUCAACAUAACAGGUAGAAAAGGAAAAGGUCAGAUAAAAGCAAAAGCAGCAACCAAAAGGACAAAAAAGUCAAAACAAUCAGAAGCGAAUCGGGGGGAGCACAAUGUACAAGAGAAAAAAAAAAGGAAUGCCCCAGAGAAAAAGGCACAGAAGUCUAGCAAGCAAGGAAGACUUUCAAAGGCAGGGAAUCGAUCGCAAUCUGUAAAAGAUUUAAUUUCAAAUGACCUGGAACCUGAAGAAAUUUUAGAGAUUUCAACUAUCAAAUAUGCCUCUGGGAAAAGAACACACAAUGGUGAAAUGGUUAAAGCAGAUGUGAAAAAAAAUGUAGAGGCAACAGUUAGCAGACAGUCACACAGUGAAAGUUCAGAAAUUGAUACCUGUGAGGCACCAGACACGGUGACAGAUGUGGAUCAUCAGACAAAGAAAAGAAUAGCUAAAAUGAAGAAUGUUAGCACACCUUGCCCAGCUGACAACACAGAAGAGUCAGUCUUUCAAAGCGGGCCUGUUUUACGCCAAAGAGCAGUUCUAUCUGCUGAAUCAAUGAAACCACUUCCAUGUGAUCUGGAUUCUACAGAUUCUGAAUCGGAAGGAGAACAACAAAUUUCAGCUGAAGAUGAUAAACUUAAUGUUAAUUCUGAAGAGUUUUUGAAGCGCUAUUCGAUUGUUUUUGACCCUGAUACAGGAAGCGAUGCACUGGUUGAAUGCAUUGCCCACGGUGACAGGAGCAAGUUUGUUGGCAAUGAUAACUAUACAUACUGGGAUAGCUUCAAAAAUGAGUUUUUUACCACUGGAAAGCUGAUAAUGGCCCCAAGAAAGAAGAGUAGAAUGCACAUUUUCAAGUCUAAAAUUAUGGUUUUCUAUGUAGAACAAGGCCAGGUGCAAGUGAAUCUAAACAAAUCAGAACGGAUUUUAAAGAAUGGCGAUUUCUUUUUCGUUCCUCCAGUAAAUAGCUGCACUAUAACCAAUCUUCAAGACGAGGAGGCGGUGCUGGUCUACAAUUUUUUAAACAUGGUUGCUUUAUUCACAGAAGGUUAAAGUUUUAUCUGUGUUGUAUAUAGCAAGGGACAGCUUUAUUUUUGAUAUUACUAACUUAUGUUAACCUCAUCCGACAUCCGCUGUACAUAUACGGUGCUGUAGGCAAGGAGCGUCCCCAAUACACUGUACAUAUGCAGCGGGGUAAUCAGGGGGGAAGGCACGGGAGCUGUGUCUGCACAGUCACUGCCGGGGUCUUGCUGUGAUUGACGGCCAGGCUGCUGCUGUAAUAGCUGGGAUCAGAGAGGACUCACACAUUUAACCCCUUAGAUGCUGACUUCUACAUCUAAGUGGCUUACAGAGGGAGGCAGCACCAUGAUGUGAUUGUUGGGUACCAAUGGUUUUUAUAUCAGCCGAAGACCUUACAAAGGCAUCCAGGUCUAUCAUGUGCAAAAGUUUAGUAGGCCCUGGCAUCAAUCACCCGGCCUGUGAUAAAUCCUUACUAAUCUUCGGUGCAUGGACGUUCAUGGCUUUCCAACUGGUGCAAAAUGGGGAAAGUGACUGUGUAAAACUGGCAAGUAUAAUGUAUUACAGCCGUUAAAGUCCCAUGUUGGGACUGAAAUUUAAAAAAAAAUUAAAAUGUUUAAAAAAAAAUUAAAGUUUA